GGCUCAAAUAAUGGAGGCGAAGUGGAGAGAGAAAGCUCCACUCUAAGCAGCAGCUUCUUCCCUCUUGGUCUAAUCCGAAUCGAAAUCGAAAUCGAAAUCAAAAAAAGCACAAAAGAGACAUGAGUGAGGAUGAAGAAGACCAAUCUCCACCACCGUCGGAUCUACGGUCGCAACAACAACAACAACGACCACCUUGCUCGCCCAACAAAUCUCGGAACUGCAUCUCCUCCUCCUCUCAGACUUUCCCAGACCACGUCCUGGAGAACGUGCUGGAGAACGUGCUACAGUUCCUGGAAUCAAGAACCGACCGAAACGCAGCGUCUCUGGUCUGCAAAUUGUGGUGGAAAGUGGAGGGUCUGACUCGAUCGGAGGUUUUCAUAGGCAACUGUUACGCGCUUUCUCCGACCAGGUUAACUCAGAGAUUCAAGCGUGUUAGGUCUCUGCUCCUCAAAGGGAAACCUAGGUUCGCUGAUUUCAAUCUCAUGCCUCCUGAUUGGGGUGCUAACUUCGCUCCUUGGGUCUCCACCAUGGCUAAAGCUUACCCUUGGCUCGAGAAGGUCGAUUUGAAGCGGAUCUUUGUUUCUGAUGACGAUCUUGCCCUUCUUGCUCACUCCUUCCCUGGUUUCAAAGAGCUCAUCUUGGUUUGCUGCGAAGGGUUUGGAACCAGUGGUAUCGCUGUCGUUGCCAACAAGUGCAGAAAGCUUAAAGUGCUUGAUCUGAUCGAGUCAGAGGUCACAGACGAUGAAGUGGAUUGGAUUUCUUGUUUCCCAGAGGAUGUCACUUGUUUGGAAUCUUUAGCAUUUGACUGUGUGGAAGCUCCUAUCAAUUUCAAGGCCCUUGAAGCUCUUGUUAUUAGGUCACCUUUCUUGAGGAAACUUAGGCUCAACAGGUUUGUGUCUCUAGAGGAAGUCCACCGCCUGCUACUCGGAGCUCCCCAGCUCACCAGUCUUGGCACUGGCUCCUUUAAACAUGAUAAUCAGUCCGAGCAAGAGCAAGAACCCGAUUACGCCGCUGCUUUCCGUGCUUGUAAAUCUGUAGUUUGCCUUUCGGGUUUCAGGGAGUUAAUGCCUGAGUACCUUCCUGCUAUCUUACCCGUCUGCGCAAAUCUUACCUCUCUCAAUUUCAGUUAUGCUAACAUUUCUCCUGACAUGUUUAAGCCCAUCAUCCACACUUGCCACAAACUCCAGGUUUUCUGGGCUCUGGAUUCGAUAUGUGAUGAAGGACUGCAGGCAGUUGCUGCGACUUGCAAGGAACUCCGUGAGCUCCGGAUCUUCCCUUUUGAUCCCCGAGAAGACAGUGAAGGUCCUGUCUCUGAACUAGGCCUCCAAGCAAUCUCCGAGGGUUGUAGAAAACUUGAAUCUGUUCUCUACUUCUGCCAGCGCAUGACUAAUGCUGCCCUGAUAGCCAUGUCACAUAACUGUCCUGAGCUUACGGUGUUUAGGCUCUGCAUAAUGGGUCGACAUAGGCCUGACCAUGUGACAGGAAAGGCUAUGGACGAGGGUUUUGGUGCCAUUGUUAAAAACUGCAAGAAACUAACUCGGCUCGCCGUGUCCGGGUUGCUUACGGAUCAAGCUUUUAGGUAUAUGGGUGAGUAUGGGAAACUGAUCCGUACUCUGUCAGUAGCUUUUGCAGGGGACAGUGACAUGGCUCUGAGACAUGUCCUCGAAGGUUGCCCUAGACUACAGAAACUCGAGAUAAGAGACAGUCCGUUUGGGGAUGUUGCGUUACGCUCUGGUAUGCAUCGGUAUUACAACAUGAGGUUUGUUUGGAUGUCGGCAUGCAGCUUGUCUAUGGGAUGCUGCAAGGAUGUUGCACGUGCAAUGCCAAAUCUAGUUGUGGAAGUAAUUGGUUCGGAUGAUGAUGAUGAGAAUAGGGAGUUUGUUGAGACUUUAUACAUGUAUCGGUCUCUUGAUGGUCCAAGGAAAGAUGCACCACAGUUUGUCACAAUUUUAUAGGAAAGAGGAGCCUUUUCGUGUGUUGCUGAGAGAGCUUAAAGAGGUGAGAAUGAGAAUGGGUUGGGGUAGGAAUGCUGAAGAUGAUGAUGGUGGUGGCGUCAGAGACAAAAUGCAUGAUGGUUGAUGAUGAUGAUGAUGAUAGUUGCGAAGGGCAUAAUGCAUGAUUGUUGUACCAUUAUUUAUUUUCAUUUCUUUUUUUUUUCCUUAAAAGUUCUUGGUUGGUUAGGUGGAACAAUGGAUGUAUGUUUUGGGGGAGUAUCGUUGUUAGUUAGACAGAUGAGUUGGUUCUUAUGUUUCUAAUAAGCUGCACUUUUGGAUCGAUCUUUCUAGUUGUUGUUUAGAACUAAUGAGACGUCUUUCCAUUUUCAAUUAAUUUGAGAUAUUUCAUCUGAA